AUGUUCGGUGAUUCACCCGGCCAGCUGAACACCUCGCCUCCCGUUAAAUUCAAAGAGAAGGAUGGAGGCUACUUCCAAUGCGGCUUCUGUAAACGCCACUAUCACCGGGCAGACCAUUUGAUCCGCCAUAUUCGAUCGCAUACCCGUGAGAAGCCCUACGUUUGUGAUGUUUGCGACAAGGGAUUUGCACGCCCUGACCUCUUGAAGCGCCAUGCCGCAGGGCAUACUUAUGACAAGAACCGUAAGCGCAAAAGAAGCUCCUUGGUUGCAAAACAAAGUCGAGUUUCGCAGGCUUGUAAAACUUGCGCCUCCUCGAAGCUAAAAUGCGACGAGGAGAAGCCUUGUCGGCGAUGUCGCGAGCGAAAUCUUCAUUGCGACUGGCAGGAUGUCGCGCAGGACUCAUCCCCAGAGCUGCUGCAGCGCAUGCCCGACAAUCACGGUGCCAUCUACAACCACGGUGCCAUCAAUCAACCCGUUGACUUGACCACCUUGGUCGCCUUCUCUCCCAUGCCUACGCCAAUGGACGAAAUUCCAGCAGCCAACAAUACCAUGAUGACUCCGAGUGGACAUGCGCAAAACCCGGUCCUUUCACCGGAAUUAUCAGCCGGGAACGAACCGAUGGCAAUUGAAUACGGCGUGUCACCUACCGAUCAAGAAAGUUCCAUUUUCAGCGUCGACGGCACCUUUUUCCCGAAUUUCAUUCCAGACGCACUGAUUUCCUCUCUGAGUCGAUACAACGAUCCUUUCGACCCAUCCAUUCUGAUCCCCGAAUUCACACAUUACGGCGCAUUGGAGAAUCCUCCCUACGACUUUAACUUGACGGAUGGCGACUUUGGGCUGAUAGACCUGUAUAAUUCCCGACGCUUCCCUCCAGAUCUCCACGGAAAUGAACCGCAAGAUUGCUUUGAUGCUGAUAGCGGUAUUGGAAUUGGCGCCGAAGCUUACCAUCGCUCAUCAUUGUCCGCAUGGAAGCCCGUUCAUGAAGACCGCGCAUUUGAUGACCAUGAGAAUCUGUCGGUACCACAAGCCAUUGACAGCCCCGAAGCCAGUGCCACAGACCGGCAGAUCUUGAGCGAGCGGCUUUCUUCAAGUAGCCGGGAUCUCAUCUUUGGUCUAGUUCUGGAGGUCAGCCGCGAAGCCAACUUGACUCGAAUUAUGAAGUCGUUCCCGAGUACGGACCUUUUGGAUGGAUUGAUACAGCAAUAUUUUGAAUACCAAAGCCUUGAAGUGGAUUCUUUCAUCCAUGGGCCGACCUUUCGUCCGAAUAGCGAACACGCAAGUAUCCUUGCGGCACUAGCUUCUGCUGGUGCCGUUCGCUCACCUAUCCCUACUAUCAGGAAGCUGGGCUAUGCAUUGCUUGAGAUUGUGCGCUUGUAUAUGCCCAUUAAGUAUGAAAGAGAUAACAGCACCACGCGAGAUCUACGAACCUCACAGACCUAUGCCUUGAAUCUGGAUAUAGGGAUUUGGAGUGGUAAUCGACGGAAGACCGAGAUCGCAGAGAGCUUUUCCCAACCCUUGAUAACAAUGCUUCGGCGAGCUUUAAGGUUCCGACGAUCGGUCUAUACUGCCAUUGUGCUUUCGGUGGAAGAUACGGGAGACGUGCUUGAACGCAAGUGGCGUGGCUGGAUUGAACAAGAGUCUUUCAAAAGGCUUGUUUACCAUAUAUUUCUUCAUGAUUCCCAGACAUCGAUUACUCUCAACGUCAACCCUUUGAUAUCUUAUGCAGACCUGGAACUUCCACUGCCGGCCGCACGUCAAUUAUGGGAAGCCAAGACAGCCACCGAAUGGAAGGAACUCUAUUGUGCAAUUACCCCAGAACGCGUCCCAUCCCUCGCGGACCUCCUCCGCGACAUCUCUCAUCUAUCAGUAUGCCAAGACCGCAUCGAUACCCAACUAGCGGCUCUAGUCCUCCUUCACGGGCUAUCCGCUCUAAUUAACGAAUACCACCGGCUGAAAUUCAUCUCAACCAGCAGUUCCAAACAUUGGCAUGCUCUGGUAACAAACUCCCGUCAACAAGAACUCGACCAGGCACUCAAGCAUUUCCGAAUGGUAUGCUCAGAACUACGAGUCCAAUGCGGACCCGAGAUAACAUUAGUGUGUGAGGUCGUCUCCAUGCUGCUUCACAUGUCCCUCGAGGAACUGCAGCUAUUCGCCGGCAAGGAGGAUAAACAAGGAGCCCGUCGAGUCUAUCACUCCGCCCUUGAAUGGAUCACAAGCCCCGAUUCGAGGCAGGCUAUUUGGCACGCAGGCCAAGUCGUGCGUGCCGCUCGACAAAUGGCUCCCGGCUCAUUGACAGGGUUCUUGGCGAUCGGAGUCUAUUACGCAAGCCUGGCAUUUUGGUCGUACGGAGUCGUAUCUAAAGCCAAGAACGCCCAGCUUACAGGAAGUUCUGCUUCGCUUUCGGGUCAGGGACCAACUGUAUUUCUUGAUGCAGAUGAGGUGGCGGAUGUCUCCAAAUUUGUGACACUGGGCUGCGGUCUUCCUGCACUACAAGGGCCAGAUGGACCGACUUUCCUUGCAGACCCUGGCAUGACAAUGAAAGUUGUUCAGGGAGUACUCCGGCCUGAUAAUUCUGAGAGAACACCGCCGCUGGUUCAGAGUCUUGCUCAGCUGAUGUGGGAUCUGGGACAUUGUGUGGAUAGCGGGGGGCCGUGA